AUGGUUAUCAAGGAUGGCGGACGAGCAGUUGCUGAGCCAGUAUCAGGGUCGUUUGAGAUUGGACUCCUGCUGCUGGACCUGUACGAGCACCUCGAGCAUGCAUAUGCGGCCAAACUGGUUAGUCCAGAAUCACCUUCAAGGACUGCCCUGAGAAUCCCAAGAACACGCUCGAAAGGCAGGCGUGCUGGGCUAAUUCCCGCCUAUGCCGCCAAGUGCGCCCGCGAAAGACAGCAGGGGCAUGAGCGUGCUAAUCACCAUCUGGAGGAACUAGAGUAUACGGAUCUGGCACCUGCCCCUGCUGCAGGAUCUCUCCAAGCGUCUUGGACAUGCAGAUGCGGCCAAACCGGCUACUCCAGAAUUAUCUCCAAGGACUGCCCUAAGAAUCUCAAUGCGUUGUCCCUUGCACGGUGGCCUUUCGCUGAGGAUUUGGUAACAGGCGUUGAAGUCCCGCGACCUUACGCCAUCCUUUCGCCAUGGCUCUGCACCUAUACAGCCCAUCUAAUCCUCCUGAAUUAUGGGAAGCAUUCGCUGAUAACCUAUCUCAGGAUUUUCUCUCUGUACGUUGCUGGAGAUCGCCCGAAUGCCGAAGAGGAUGCCAAGAGCGCUGCACUGUUCCACGUCAACGAGAUUUUGAAGGGAGCUGAGAACAGUCUGGCGGUCUAUGAAGAGAUGCCUCGAGACUUUCGCAACCUCAUCAAUCGCCAACCCAACUGUGACGAACUUGGACAACAUGCAGAGCUCGACCCUGAGGCACUUGCGGCUGAGGCAGCUCAUGACUUUGAUCUCUGCAACGACGAUCAAAAAGCACUGUACGCUGCAAUCACAGCAGCGCCGGAUAACAAGGACGAAGGUGUGGCAAAAGUGUUCUUUAUUGAUGCGCUAGGAGGAACGGGCAAGUCUUUUUUGUACAACGCUUUGAUUGCCCACAUCCGAGGAAGGCACAAGAAGGACGUGAUCAUUGUUGCGUCAUCUGGAAUUGCUGCUCAGGAGGUCGCACAGCCCACUCGAUUUUCAAAAUCCCGCUCCAGAUCAUGUAAAGCUCAACGUGCAAUAAUCCUCCAGGUAUGCUCUUACGACCUUGGACGACGGAUCUACGCCAAUCAAGUUUACAAGGCACCAGUUUCCUGUCAAGCCUGCGUUUGCCGUGACCAUUAA